AUGUCAGAUUGGAGUAAUGGACUUUGUGGCUGUUUCAAUGACGUUCCCUUGUGUCUGACGACGUUCUGCGCUCCGUGUUAUACCUUUGGUAAGACUGCAGAAACUGUUGGCGACGACUGUUUGAUGUGUGGCAUAGCGACUUUUGUACCACUGGCCAAUAUAUGGUUCGCCACACAGAUUCGAGGCAAGGUUCGCGACCAAAAAGGCAUUCAAGGGAGUUUUGUACACGAUUUGGCCAUGGUUUGCUGUUGUAGUCUUUGUUCUUUGAUGCAAGAAGCACAAGAAAUGGGUGUCAAAGCUCCGUUCGGAAAUUCAAUUGCACGAUCUUAG